UUGCUGGUAGCCUUCAGAAUGAUGACAACAGACUACUUCUUGGGGGGUUCAGUCCUUGUCUUGCUGAUUGUGCAUAUAUGCAGCCUUCCUCUUGAGAAAGGCUAUUAUCCAGGCACUCCUUACUGGAGAGGUAACACAAACACUGCAGGUAAUGUUGCCUUAAGCCAGGGUGGCCCUUAUGCAUACCCAUCCUUUGUUGUUGUACCUUAUAAUGCUCAGUAUGGAGGGGUUGCAGUGCAGCAGCCUGGUGUCUAUCAAUAUGCUCCCCAGAGCGUGCCAGUAUUAUAUACUGGCUCCAGUUCUUCUGGUCCUGCCCAGGCUGGAGGAUACACGACUGGCUCCACACAGGGUGGAGGUGCUGUUCGACCUGCAGCUGGUUCAAAUGUUGGUGUUUCUACUGGAGGAAGCGGCGCAAAUACUGGUGCUAAUGUUGCCCUAAGCCAGGGAGGACCUUAUCCAUACCCCUCUGUAGCUGUGCCUUAUAGUGCUCCAUAUGGAGGGGUUGCAGUGCAGCAGCCUGGUUUCUCACAUGCUGCUCAAAGUGUGGCAGCACCAUACACCGGCUCCAGUUACUCCGCUCCUGCUCAGGCAGGAGGAAGCACAGCUGGCUCUGCACAAACUGGAGCAACUUCUCAACCUGCAGCUGAAAUCAACUGGGCUGUCCCACCUCCCAAGCUCGGUGAGGAAUCAUCACCCAACCCUCAAAGCCUUGCCUCUGGCACAGCUGAUGAGCCUGGUGCGCUUCUACCACCAGUACCUGCGUACCAACCAGGAGAGUUGUCCCACUAUGAGAAGGCUGCUGAGGCUGGGGACUACCAGUCGGAGACAGAAGAACUAGGUCGCAGGACUGUCCCAGCUACGAUGGACUCUUUUGCUGCUGCGGGUGGACUGGCAUCCCCAGGCUUUGCCACAGGACAGUUUGGAAUGGGUGGGCUGUGGGGUAGUCCGUAUCCAUCCUUUGACUUCUUGUUCCUGACUGGCCAGUACCCUGCGGGCACAGUCAGUCACUUCAGCCAGGACUACGAGCAGGGACGAGACUAUUCUCACAGCACUCACUACCUGAAAGACCACCCCUACCCCGGCUUUGCACAGUCAGUGGGGGCUGUUGGAGCAGCUCAGAGCCUUCAGACUCCCAGCUUGUAUGUGAGCAGUCCAGUGGUGGGAGGUUAUUACCAGGUUGGAGCACAAAUGGUACCCGCUUCUUCCUACACAGGUGUUUCGCAGAUAAAAUACUAGCUGAAUCCAAUCGGCUUACUGAACUGGGCAACACAAUGAACUGGUGAAUGACUCCAUGUGAUACAAUAAACUUGGUUUUCAGUGUUUUGAAACAGUGA